GUGAUAGUCAAUGAGCUGAAAGUGUUAUCCAGUGAGAGUAGAUCCAAUGGCUGUAUAGAGCAUGCGAGAGGAAUUAUGGAGCUAGAGAAGGCUUCAGAGAAUCUCUCGAAAAACAUAUCAGCUAUUUCAUUAAGUGGAAAUGAGAAAAAGCUGGAGAAAUUUCUGAUGGAGAAAUUGGACUGUUAUGAAUCUGCGGUUGGCGAGUAUUCCAACAACAGGAAAGCAGCCCCUGCUCGCAUUGAAGUCUUUCCACCUGCCUUCCAGGCAGUGCCCUGCAACCCAAUUUUGUUGGAUCUGGCAUAUGAUUUCAUUGAGUUCCCUUCACUUGAUAGUAGGAUUAGGAAAGACAAAAAGGGCGGCGGUAGCACCAGCUUCCUUACCAGAUUUUGGGGUUGAGUUCGCCGUAUCUCUCUGCCAUCCCUUUAGUUUUUGGUUGGGAUUGAGUAUUACUACUAUUAUUUAUGUAUUC